AUCACCCAGGAAAGGACCCAGAUCACCAUAACCCUCCCAACAGGACCUAGAGCAAGAUGGCCACAGCCCCUCCUGCCAGCAUGGCUCUGGCUGCCAGCACUGCCAGCAAAAGGGACACAAUCUGCAUCUUUGGCACCGGGGACUUCGGCAGAGCUCUGGCACAGAAGCUGAUCCAGUCUGGGUACCCUGUGGUGUUCGGCAGCCGCAGCACGAAGCCAUCCAGCCUGGUGCCCAGGGGUGCCGAGGUGCUGAGCCACGUGGAGGCAGCACAGAAAGCUGCCAUCAUCAUCGUGGCAGUCCAGAGGCAGCACUACAGCUUCCUCAGCUCCCUCGCAGAAGCUCUCCAGGGAAAGGUCUUGGUGGAUGUCAGCAACAACCUGAAGAUAGACCAGUACCCCGAAUCCAACGCCCAGUACCUGGCCCAGCUGCUGCCUGAUGCCAAGGUGGUGAAAGCCUUCAACACGGUGUCAGCCUGGGCCCUGCAGUCGGGCACGCUGGAUGCCAGCCGCCAGGUGUUUGUCUGUGGCGACGAUGCUGAAGCCAAGAGGAUGGUGAUGGAGCUCGUGCGUGCCCUCGGCCUCACUCCCCUAGACCAGGGCUCGCUGCUGGCUGCUCGGCAGAUCGAGAACUACCCUCUGCAGCUCUUCCCCAUGUGGAGGUUUCCCAUCCUCCUGUCCCUCAGCCUCACCAUCUUUUUCUUCCUCUACUGCCUGGCUCUGGACGUCAUCUACCCCUACGUCUAUCGGAAGCAGGACUUGUCCUUUCUUAUUGCAGUCUCCAUCCCAAACAAGGUCUGCCCUGUGCUGGCCCUCGUCCUCCUAGGCUUGGUCUACCUUCCCGGGGUGCUGGCUGCCAUCCUGCAGCUGUGGCGAGGCACCAAGUACCGCCGCUUCCCAGGCUGGCUGGACAGGUGGAUGCUGUGCAGGAAGCAGCUGGGGCUGGUGGCCUUGGCCUUUGCUUCUGUGCACGUCUUGUACACCCUGGUCAUCCCCAUCCGCUCCUACAUCAGGUGGAGAACCAGCAGCCAGAUUGUCUCCCAGGCCCUGAGCAACAGAACACAGCCACUCGACACCACCAAUGCCUGGCUGAGUGACUCCUACCUGGCCUUGGGCAUUCUGGGAUUCUUCUUCUUUGUUCUUCUGGGAAUCACCUCUCUGCCUUCAGUCAGCAACAGUGUCAACUGGAGGGAGUUCAGGUUUGUACAGUCCAAGCUGGGGUACCUGGCGCUGGUUCUGUGCACUGCGCACACGCUGGUUUACGGCGGGAAGUGGUUCCUGGUCCCAUCGUCCUACAAGUGGUGCCUGCCUCCCAUCUACAUGCUGUCCCUCGUCGUUCCCUGCGCCGUGCUGGUGCUCAAGUUUGUGCUGGUGUUCCCUUGUCUGGACAAGCCUCUCACCCAAAUCCGGCAGGGCUGGGAGAGGAACCCCCAGCGCCCGGAGCCGUCGCACCUCAUCAUCAACAAGUCUGCCGUCUGAGCGCCCCCGGGCGGCGGCAGCAGGCACCAAACGCUCUGGGGGCUCUCCGAUGGAGCUCUCAGCCGCCUUUGGCUGGGCAGUGAGAGGGAAAGAACAGCACUGGCCCAAGCCCUGAGUGAAAUGAACCCAUCCCGAACACAAGCAGCAAGCACAAAGCCAAGCAGGCCUCUGAGACCCUGCACCCCAGGGGCAGGUCCCCCUUGCCUUGCUGUGUCCCCCUUGCCUCCCUCUUCCCCCUCCAUUCCUGAGAGGUGCUCCAUGUCCUCUCUCUGUCAUACCAAACUUCUCCAGGGCUGGGCACAACCAGAGCAACCUUCAGCAUUAGCUGCCAUCUGCUCCUCUUCUGUACCCUGCCCACUGGGGCUCAGCUCUGCACAGCCACCUCCACACCUCCACACAGCCCCAGGUGUUCCUGGGCACACACCACACUGCCAGAUGGAAGAGUGCUCUUCCUUCCAGCAUGACCUCAUCCUCCAGCAGCAUCAGAUCCAAGAGAGCUGUGGUCACGCCCCAGAGGCUCCUGAGCGAGAUCUGUGUGCAGCAUCUCUGAUGUUCAAAGCGUUUGGCUCAAGGAUUACUGAAUCCUUGCUUGUGCUGCUCUACCCGCAGCUGCAAUGGCAAGGGGCUGGAGGAGAAACCCAGGUGGGAGGAAGCUGGGAGAUGUCCUCACAGGCUUGAGCUUCUUCAGUGCAGCCACAAAGCCUUGAGUGGCUUUUGGUGUGAGCAGUGAGCAGUGAGGAAGGAAACCGAAGGGCACUCCUGUUGGGUCAGGGGGGGUCAUGUCCACCUUGUACCUCCUGAGGGUAGCACUGAUGAUUCGUCAGCACUGGGAUGCAACACUGCAGGCAUUCUAUGGAACCUCCACCCCUGAGCCACAAUAAAGGACUUCUU